AUGCAACAUGUGUUUACCUGAACCAGACAGGGAGCUGGGUUCCUGAUGGCUGCCAGACCCUGACCCUCCCAGAACACGUUGUCUGUAGCUGUAACCACUUCUCCCUUUUCACCCUCAUGAUCCCUGGUCUUGUCCCGAGUAAAGAGCACGCUCAGAUCCUCAGAACGCUCAGCAUAGUGGGAGGAGCCAUCUCUGCCUUCUUCUGUGCCCUUACAUUACUGACACACUGUCUGCUGCAUGCGAGCAAGGCGACUGACAAAGCCAUGGUGAUCCACCUCCAGCUGGUGGGCUCUCUGUUGCUGCUCAACCUGCUGCUGCUGGCCAGCAUGUCCCUUGCCUGGGAGGACUCACUGCUGUGCAAAGUGCUGGGUGGCCUGCUGCACUACGCCCUGCUCACCUGCUUCUCCUGGAUGGGCCUGGAGGCCCUGCACCUGUACCGCCUCCUGGUGCAGGUCUACAACACCUACACCAAGCACUACCUGCUGAAGAUCAGCCUGCUGGGCUGGGGGCUGUCAGGAGUGGUGGUGACGGUUGUAGGAGGGAUCUGGACCCCAUAUGGCCUGAAAGACGGCAUGUGCUGGAUGACAGCUGAUGUUGUGCAGUACUGCUCAGUCCUGGCCUAUCUCAUUGUGGUCUUACUUUUCAACGGAGGAAUGUUCAUCUUCAUCUUGAGCACCAUGUGUAGGAUGCGAUCUGGGAUAUCCCCCUUGCAGAAGACGAGGAACAACAGGGCCGUCUGCAGCGUCCUGGGCCUCACCUGCAUCCUGGGCCUCACCUGGGGCCUGGGCUUCUUCUCCAUUGGCUACACCAACUAUGUCAACUAUGUCAUCCUCUAUACCUUCACCAUCCUCAACUCACUGCAAGGCUUCUUUCUGUUUCUGUGGAUUUGCAUCAAAAGACGGAGAGAGGGAAAGGAGCACAGAAAGUCUGUUGUAACAAGCCAGAGAACGCUCACAACAUCAGAGCCUCAAGUAAAUAACUGAGGCCUCCUACAGGUUGUGUUGAAAACUACAAUUCAGAGCACAAUUAAAGGUACAAUAGGAAAGAUUUAUUUCAGAAAAAAAGUGUUGUCACCUAAAUAUGUUUAAGCCAGUUAGGUGCUCUGAGAGUUCUUUAGCAACAGACAGCUCAGUGCCUCUUGUGGAAUUUCUAAUUUUGGCAAUGGCUGGAACAAGAUAGCUUGAACAUAAUUGGCUGGAAAAUAUGGGGCGCUCCAAAUAUUUUUUUACGUUACUUAUUGUACCUUAAAAGAAACUAGUUUUGUUUUUGAACUGAUUUAUCAGUUAAAUGAGCAAUCAACGGAUUGUGUAAAGCAAUCAAAUACUUUCUCUCCUACAGAGUCCUUCUUUUAAUCAGCAUUUGGUAGUUUUAUGUCAGUAUGAUCUUCUUGAUUGUCGCACUGUCCUAUCAUUUGAAUUCUAUGUAAUGUAAUUGUAGUUGGGAUUGUUGUUGCACUGUGCCUGAUAAAAAUAGACCGUUCCAUGGCCCUUACCACUGAAAUACUGUUCACUUCGAAUCCUUGAUUAUCUACAGUACUAUUGGUUAUUUGUAUGUCACUUUGUAUAAAAGCAUCUGCUAAAUGAAUACAAUGCAAUAUAAAAAUGUGAAUCUACAAUGGUAAGAAAGCUAAAACAGGAAUUCUGUAGAAACUGAUGAUAGCCAUAGUAUGCAUUAUAAGUAUGACAAUCGAAGAAGCGGAAACAAAUGAAAAUAAAAUAUAUCAGGUGCCAUUGUUUAAAACAGAUUAGCAUUGGUGGAACGUCAACUGUUAAACAGUGACAGAU